GCCCCAAGCAACCCACUCAUCAACCAUGAAGCUCUUUGCGCCUGCUUUUCUCCUUUCUGCUGUCGCCAUGGCAGUACCCGCCCCUCAGUCUGAUAGUGUGGCUGCUAUUGAGCGUCGGCAGAUCGAAAAUGCUGGGUUGGAAUGGCUGACGCGCCAGGUCGAGAACGCCAGCGAGCAAUGGCUCAAGCGCCAGAUCGAGAAUGGCAGCUGGGAAUGGCUCAAGCACGGCAAUGCCCCGGUUGCCUAUGGCAGGCGCCAGGCUGAGAGCGUCAGCGAGCAUCGGCUGAAGCGCCAGAUCGAGAACGCCGGCUGGGGAUGGCUCAAGCGACAGCUGUAAGCAGCCAACUACCUUGACAGUCACUACCUGACACCCUGCCUCACUCUUCGGUAAUACACCCUUCGGAUACCAGUCUUUAUGAUGUUUUGUUAUAAAUACAGCCCAACCCACGCUCUAGUUUUCAUAGUUCAGCACACAGGUCCUCGAUCUCGGCAUUGGGGGGCAUCCGGCUGAUUCUAACCGCAGCCGCCGUGUGGCACUGCAGCACAGACACGUCCUCUUUGCCGCACGACGGGCACACAGGCAGC